CUUUCCAUUCUAACCUUUUGUUACUUCCCCAAUUUUCUGCCAAUUCAUAUCACAGCACUACCCUUGAACCUUCAAUACUAUCUUCUCAGCUUCCUAGUGCAAGAGGAGCAAGCAGCCACCGCGUCUUGCAUUCAGUACGCAAGACACAGAACUUCUCAUUUCUUUCUUUAGAUAUUUUCCCGCUUGGCCAGAAAAAUGACGGUAUCAUCAAACUCCAAUGAUCGUGAUCCUUCCAACAGGGCUUUGGGGCCAUCCGACGCUGCAACUUACAGCAUCUAUGCCAGCUCUGCAGGCCAAAGUCCCGGUGAAAAUAUUCAGGUUUUGGCAGCAGGAAGUAACCUGGAUAAGUUCGUGGCAGGCUUAAACUCCAGCCAAGUCAUCACUUUAUCCAGCGCGCCAAACCCCACUGCCAAUUUCAACGAUUCUGACGAGACCAUAAAAUGGUUUCAGAACCUUGAUGCCGAUGCCAGUGGCUCCAUCACCGUCGAUGGGUCAGCAACAAAGAGCAUUGAAAGCUUCCAAUUUUCCCUCUCUCAGCCCUGGCCGCUUGAAUUCAGCUCCGCCAGCGAUGUUCUGCUCUUCACAUUUGGGUCCACCGGCCUUCUGGGUGGCGAUGACACAGGGUCCCGAAUUGAAGCACCUGGCAUUGACUCUACUGGCAACAUGCUGAUUUGUGGUCUUGACUUUGCCAACAUGGAAGAUAUCACCGGGUUCACAGUAAAGGACGUCUUCAAGAACGCUAAUCAAGAAGGGAUGACUGAUUACAUCCCUCUUGUCAUCCUCGGCCUCGAAGUGACACUGAACAAGCCUCCCGCUGACGCAGAACCCAAGAGGAACGCUCUGUGGUUCGUCCCAUCAGCGGAUAAACGGCUCGAGACCCGCCUACAGUUCCAGCUGUCAGAGUUCGACGACUUGCAGAAACUCUUCUCAAUUGCCUUAAACGGCCUGGUGAUUGAGAGCGCAGACGUCGUAUACAAGAGCAAAAUGCUACUGGCUGUGACAGAAAACGGCGAGCAGCCUCUCUUCGAUGGUCAAGUGACAUUCAGUAUCGAAUGCUCCCUCAAUAGCGCUGGAAGUACAGUCUCUAUGCUCGCAGGCGUCGAAUUCACUGCUACCACGAUUGACUUUACCUUCAUGUUCCUCUCCCCAGAUCCACUGGCUGGAAUACUGAGCUGGCUGGCUGGACUUGCGGAUGAUGAAGAAGUUGAGACAAUCGUCAAUGAAAUUCUGGGCAAGGAAGAAGGUGGACAGAAGGUUCUGCCGGACGCCAAUUUGCGAAGACUGCGCAUCGGACUUGAUACAAGAAAGGAUCCGCAGAAUCCCAGACUCGGGUCCUUUUCUUUUGACAUCGAGGUCUCUGCGAACUUUGGCCGUGGUGAGAGCACUGAUACUCCUGUCUUCUUGAUCACGUACAAUUGGAAUCGGUCUAGCGGUACUUAUGGUACUCUUUCUGGACAGCUAUGGAACGACUUUGACACGUCCGAUGACCUGGACCUGGAACCAGAGGGAGAGAAGUGGGCUAUUUUGAAGCCACUGACGGCUUCACCUGCGUUGUCUAUCGAAAUUGCCACUCUGAUCCCCGGCCAGACAGUGGUCGAUAUCCCUGACACCCUGCCUUCCCAGAUAACCGUUGCUUCCAUUGAGUUAUCACAGGAAUCGUUUUCCCUUAGCUGCCAAGCGACUGCAAACCCGCCAUCUCCAGGUUCAGCUCCUCAACCCUAUCUCGGCGAGGUUGUUCUCGCUGCCUACUUCAACUGGGGCAGCAGCUCAGGGUUCACUUUUGACUUUGGGAUAUCAGUCCUCAUCGACCCCCCAGAGGAUUCUGAGCUCGAUCUUCCUGCUUCCUUUGUCGGAACCCUCGGGUACAAUUCUGCUAAAAGGUCCUGGGAGCUCACGGCUUCCAUUAAUGGAUUGUAUGCAGCUGUGCUAGCCGAGUUCUUCCACGAUGAUGAGAAAGCCCAUGUUGGGCCGCUGAUCAAUUCCAUUGCUAUCAACACCUUGUCUGUUGAGUACACAUAUGAGCAACAGAGCGGUAAUAAUCCCAAAUCUGUGGGCAGCAGGUUCGCUAUCUCUGGCGACUUGGUCAUUGCGGGGUUGAGAUUGAAUCUCGACUUCACCUACACAUCAAGUGGCUUUGCCUUCUCUGCGGCCCUUAACCCGGCUCAGAGGGAUGCCACUAUUGGAGACAUCUUGACGGAUCUUCUUGGUUCUUCUUUUGACAUACCAGACUUUGUCUCCGACACCUUGAUUGUCGGCGACAAUCAGGACGCGUUCCGUAUCAACAUCCAGAAAAUGAAAGACGAUUCCAACGUCGAGUCAUUCCAGUUCCUUGCCAGUCUCAAAAUUGGCCAACUUCAAUUCCUAUUCUCCCAGCUUCACAGCACCAAAUGGGGUCCCAAGGAUCCUUCAAAGCGACUGUUCAAAGCAGCCAUCAAUGGCUUUGGGAACAUGAAACUUGAGAUUCCUCUUGUCGGCACGCUGUACCAGCCACUUGAUGAGCUGUACUUCCUCUUCGCCCAGGAUCCCAAACCACCAAGAGCACCUGGACAGCUCACUGGGCUCACGCGAGAAGAUAUUGGUCUACUCAACAGCGGCGUAUUGAAAAGCGAUCAGCUGCUUGUUGCUGAUAAGAUUAAGCCUGACAAGGCACAGCCAAGCGACCUUCUAGUGCCGUCUGGAUGUCACUUCGCAGUCAUUAUUCGCAACAUGGCCAAGGGUGAGCGCGCGUGUCUGCUCAGCUACGGUUUCAUGACACCCAAACCUUCGUCCUCCCAAGCCCUGGUCUCUGGUGCCGAGCAAAAGGGCAGAAGACGCACCGAGGAAGAAAUGGACGAUGGAGGUCCCAGUGCCCAAGCGCCAUUCAAAAAGGAUACAGGGCCGGUGGCCAUCAGCAACGUUAGUCUCAAGUACAAAGCGAAGACACUGUCGAUCGUCUUUGACGCUACCUUCCAGCUUGGACCGAUUGGAUUCUCUCUUCUUGGCUUCACCCUCAACACCCGAUUCAAGACACUGGACGAGUUACCAACAAUCAGUGUCAACAUCGAUGGCUUAGCAGCAUCCUUUGACAGACGUCCAUUGACAAUCGCUGGUAUCAUCGUGCACGGCAAUGACGGCGCCAUGGAUUACUACGCCGGUGGUCUGAUCAUCGGCUUCCGUCCCUAUCAGUUCCAAGCAGCCGGCUUCUACGGCGUCAUCACUCUGCCAAACAGCAGCAAAGGUUUUCAGAGCGUGUUCGUGUUUGCAAAGCUCAAUGGUCCACUCAUGACGCUUGCGUUUGCUGAGAUCAGUGGAAUCUACGGUGGUUUUGGGUACAAUAGCAGCGUCAAGCUGCCUUCUGUAGACCAAGUGUCGGAUUUCCCCUUCAUCAACAGCGGUCGUCUCAGCGAUAACGAGAAUGCGCAGCAAGUGCUUAUGGAGCUCGUGGACCCUUCAGCUGGUGGAUGGUUUCAGCCACUUGACAGCACGUACUGGGGCGCGAUUGGCAUGAAGCUCUCUGCGUUCCGCAUGCUGAGCGUUGACGCAGUGGUCGCUGUACAGUUCGGUGACUCGGUCAAGCUGGGCAUUUUCGCUGCAGCAGUCUGCGACAUUCCGUCUUCCAAUUCACGACUCAAGCUGGCCCAUGCAGAACUGGGUAUUGCAGCUGUCUUGGAUUUCGACUAUGGAUUCCUCAAGAUCGAGGCGCAGCUAUCACCCCGCUCAUACAUCCUCAGUCCCAACUGCCAUCUCACCGGCGGCUUUGCUCUUUGCUACUGGUUUGAUGCACCGCUCGCUGAUCGGGCCAGAAUAGGAGACUUUGUCUUCUCCUUGGGCGGGUACCACCAAGCUUUCCGCGUUCCUGUCGGUUAUCCUAAUCCCCCUCGGCUAGGUAUUAGCUGGGACCUGGGUGGUGGUUUGUCCAUCUCUGGAGAAGCAUAUUUUGCCAUCACUACCAAGGCAUGCAUGGCUGGUGGGCGUCUCCAUGCUGCGUUUAAAGCAGGACCUCUCUCUGCCUGGUUCGAUGCCUUUGCCAAUUUCCUUAUCAAUUAUCGACCCUUUUACUUUGACAUGUCAGCUGGUGUCUCAGUCGGAGUCGGAUUCAGCAUCGAUUUCUGGUUCAUCCACAUUCGCAUUUCAGUCCAAAUUGGUGCUGAGUUGUACCUCUGGGGACCACCUGUUGCUGGUCGCGUUCACGUUGACUUCUGGAUCGUUGCUUUCGAUAUCAAUUUUGGCGAUCACCACCCCAAGAUCGACCCUGUCAGGCUGUCCGAGUUCUACGAACUUGUUCUUCAGGACUCGCCUGCAUCAUCCUUUGCCUCUGCCUCUGCCCUGAUUACAGGGAAACAGCAGCAGGAACCUAUUGCAGCGUCCACUUUGACUAGACCCAAGAAUGAGGCACAUAACUUCCUUGCUGAGUCUGGAUUGUUGAACCCUGAUGACCAACCAGAGCGGGGACAGGAAGACCCCUGGACUGUCCGAGCUGGUGCAUUUGUGUUUGUUGCAGAGUGCAAGAUGGCCAUAAGUACCGUCAAGACAAGCGAAAGUGGUACUCCAAUCUUUCAAGGCAGCGACGUUUUCAGCAAGCCAAUGGGACUGACAACACCCAUGACUUCGACCCUGCAGAUUCAAGUAAUCCAUGAGGAUGGAAUCGACCGCGAAGAGGACUGGCAAUUCGAGAGAUAUACUCAGAUGCUUCCGAGCGCUCUCUGGGCAAAGUAUGACCGCCGAACUGAUCCACGUCAGAGUGGAAACAACGUUGGUGAUUUGCUCAAUACCAAUGAUGGCAGCCCUCCUCUCAUGACAGGCGUGAGAGUCACUGCACCCAGGCCUACCAUGUCUCCCGAUCCAUUCCCAGCUUACAAGGUUGCAGACGCAGACCUCCAAGAGCUGACCGCAGAGCGGAAGCUGCCUGUCAUGGUUACCGCUGACAAUGCAUGGGAACCAGUCAAGCCGAACGACAUUGUGAAGCAGCGAUACGAAGACAUUCAUGAGGCUUGGGUGAACCCUUCGCUGAAAGAAGAGGGACAGCAAAGCUUCGUGGGCGCCUUGGCCGAGGGCUUGGGAUGGAGUGAUGCGAGUCAGCUGAAGAGCCUUGCUGGAAUUCCGGAGAGAUUGAAGAGGGGCUUUAUGAACAUGUAUGUCGCGUCUCCAUUGCUGACUGCCUGA